UUGCGCCACCACACUGUCUUUGUUGGCAUUUCACACCCAUUUCAUUUUGCAUCUAGCGUCGUGUUAUAUUUAGAAGUGUUGUUUUCUUGUAAAUUGUGAAAAUAAUAGGUGACACAAAAUGGCUCGUACAAAACAAACCGCUCGUAAGUCAACAGGAGGAAAAGCUCCUCGUAAGCAAUUGGCAACAAAAGCGGCAAGAAAAUCGGCUCCCUCAACGGGAGGUGUAAAAAAACCACAUCGCUAUCGCCCUGGUACAGUAGCUCUAAGAGAAAUCAGAAGAUACCAGAAAUCCACUGAAUUGCUAAUUAGAAAAUUACCUUUCCAACGAUUGGUAAGAGAAAUUGCCCAGGAUUUUAAAACCGAUCUCCGUUUUCAGUCUGCAGCUAUUGGCGCCUUACAGGAAGCUAGCGAAGCAUACCUUGUAGGAUUGUUUGAAGAUACAAACUUAUGCGCUAUUCACGCAAAAAGAGUCACUAUUAUGCCGAAAGACAUUCAGUUGGCCCGUAGGAUUCGUGGGGAGAGAGCAUAAUCUUAUCAUAUUUAUGUGUUAUUAAAAUUCAUUGUAGUUUCUAAUUUUUCAUCUAAAGUUAUCCUGCUGGUUAAAUAGGAAACAUAAUUGUAUGUUUUUACAUCUUAUGACUAAAAUAUCUGAUACCUUCCAGUAUUUGUAUUUUGUUUUUCACAUUCUUUAAAAUUUAAGGGGAAGAAUGUAUCAGUUGUAAUAAUAAAAAAAAUGUGUUCAAAUAAAUGUAACAGUCUUUUUAUUUUAAGUUUUUUGCAGGAUAAGUACUCUAAUAUAAGUUUAUGUGUAAGGUUUCUAUUAGUAAAUUAGUUAGUUAAAUUAGUUUUAAGUUUCUUAAUAAAGAUCUUGUAACCUGAAUUAUUUAAAAUAAAAAUGUGUCAUUAAU